AGUGCGUGAUGGGCGUGGCCAACCGCCACUUCCGGCGGCGCCGCUGCCCCUUCCGGCGAUGGCGGCGAUGGCGCUGGGACCCGCGGAGGCCGCCGCGGCCGCUCACGCCCUGUCGCUGCCGGCCGAGGCCUUCGGCAAUGAUCCCCGAGUGGAGCUGGCCUGGGCCAUGAAGGCUCACCAGCAUGCAGAGGUCUACUUCAAUCUCAUCUCCUCUGUUGACCCCAAGUUCCUGAGCCUCACCAGAGUCGAUGACCAAAUCUACAGCGACUUCAGGAGCACCUUCAGGGAGCUCAGAGUUGAUGUGCUUGACCCAGAGGACCUCAAAUCAGAGCAGGCCAAGGAGAAGUGGAGACCUUUCUGCCUGCGCUUCGAGGGGCUGGUGGAGGACUUCAACUACGGCACCCUCCUGCGCCUGGACUGCAGCAGGAGCUACUCGGAGGAGAACUCAAUCCUUGCCACCAGGAUCCAGUUCUUUGCCAUCGAAAUCGCUCGGAACAGGGAGGGCUGCAACAGCCUCAUCUACAGCAGUGCCAAGGCUCCAGAAGUGGCAUUGGGGUGAGGAUGGCACAAAGUCACCUGGCACCGACGCGAGGAGGUCCCUGCCCAGGCCUGGGAAGCUGUUGGAGGGGCAGGGCUGGGCUGUAGCUGCCCUCCCUGUGCCACCCAGCUUGGACUGUAAAUAAAUGUUGGUUUUGUAAAGCA